GGGGUGGGGCGAGGGUUUCGGGGACUGUGACCGGCUCCCUUCGCCGCCGGGCUGGAGGCUGGUGCAUGUGGGCUCUCCGCUCGCUGCUGCUGCUGCGGUCUGCGGCGGGGCGCAGCAUGUCGCAGACACCCGCCCGCCGCCAGCGGCCGCCCAAGGACCCGCUGCGGCACCUGCGCACGCGGGAGAAGCGCGGCCCGUCGUGGGACCCCGGGGGUCCGAACACCGUGUACCUGCAGGUGGUGGCGGCCGGCGGCCGCGACGCGGGCGCAGCGGUCUAUGUUUUCUCCGAGUACAACCGGUACCUAUUCAACUGUGGAGAAGGCGUCCAGCGACUCAUGCAGGAGCACAAGCUGAAAGUGGCUCGUUUGGAUAACAUAUUCCUGACCCGAAUGCACUGGUGUAAUGUUGGGGGACUGUGUGGAAUGAUUCUUACCUUAAAGGAAACUGGGCUUCCAAAGUGUGUACUUUCUGGACCUCCACAACUGGAAAAAUACCUAGAAGCUAUCAAAAUAUUUUCUGGGCCAUUGAAAGGAAUAGACCUGGCUGUGCGGCCCCACUCUGCGCCCGAGUACAAGGAUGAGACCAUGACGGUUUUCCAGAUCCCUAUACACAGUGAACAGAGGUGUGACGCACACCAGCCAUCACAGAGUCCCGAAGGGUUCAGUCCGGGGCAGUCUCCAGCCUCGCAAUCAACUGAAAGUGAGCAGCGCCUUCCAGCCGGUGUUUCCCAGAAACCGGGUGGCAGGGACCCCUCGCUGGUUGUAGCUUUCAUCUGUAAGCUUCACUUGAAGAAAGGAAACUUCUUGGUUCUCAAAGCAAAGGAGCUGGGCCUCCCAGUUGGGACAGCUGCCAUCGCUCCCAUCAUUGCUGCUGUCAAGGACGGGAAAAGCAUCACAUAUGAGGGUCGAGAGGUUUUGCCUGAAGAGAUCUGUACUCCUCCAGAUCCUGGGCUUGCUUUUGUUGUGGUAGAAUGUCCAGACGAAGGAUUCAUUCAGCCCAUCUGUGAGAAUGCUUCCUUCAGGAGGUACCAAGGAAAGGCUGAUGCCCCCGUGGCCCUGGUGGUCCACAUGGCCCCGGAGUGCGUGCUUGCGGACGGCAGAUACCAGCAGUGGAUGGAGAGGUUUGGGCCUGACACCCAGCACCUGAUCCUGAAUGAGAAUUGCACGUCCGUUCACAACCUCCGCAGCCACAAGAUUCAAACGCAGCUCAACCUCAUCCACCCUGACAUCUUCCCCCUGCUUACCAGUUGCCGCCCUCAGGAGGAAGGCUCCUCGGCUGUGCCUGGCGUUCGGGGCGAAUGUCUGCUCAAGUAUCAGCUGCGCCCACGCCGGGAGUGGCAAAGGGAUUCUGUUACUACUUGCAAUUCUGAUGAGUUCAUAGCCGAGGCCCUGGAGCUCCCCAAUUUCCAGGAGAGUGUGCAGGAGUACCAGAAGACCGUGCACGAUGACCUGGCCCCAGCAGAGAGAAGAAGUGAGUACCCGGAGAUCGUCUUCCUUGGAACAGGGUCUGCCAUCCCAAUGAAGAUUCGGAAUGUGAGCUCCACACUUGUCAACAUAAGCUCCGACAAGUCCCUGCUGCUGGACUGUGGUGAAGGCACAUUCGGGCAGCUGUGUCGUCACUAUGGCGAAGAGGUGGACAGGGUCCUGGGCACCCUCGCUGCUGUGUUUGUGUCCCACUUGCAUGCGGAUCACCACACGGGCUUGCUGAACAUCCUGCUGCAGAGAGAACGGGCUUUGGCAUCGCUGGGGAAGCCGUUUCACCCUCUGCUGGUGGUCGCCCCCACCCAGCUCCUGGCCUGGCUCCAGCAGUACCACAACCAGUGCCAGCCGGUUUUACAUCACAUCAGUAUGAUUCCUGCCAAGUGCCUUCGGAAAGGAGCUGAGGUCUCUAGCUCCAAGAUUGAGAGGUUGAUUAGUUCACUCUUGGGAAAAUGUGAACUGGAAGAGUUUCAGACCUGCCUGGUCCGGCACUGCAAGCAUGCCUUCGGCUGCGCACUGCUUCACAAGUCUGGCUGGAAAGUCGUCUAUUCGGGGGACACCAUGCCCUGCGAGGCUCUGGUCCAGAUGGGGAAAGAUGCCACCCUCCUAAUACACGAGGCCACCUUGGAAGAUGGCCUGGAAGAGGAAGCUGUGGAAAAGACCCACAGCACUACCUCCCAGGCCAUCGGGGUGGGGAUGCAGAUGAACGCGGACUUCAUCAUGCUGAACCACUUCAGUCAGCGCUAUGCCAAGAUCCCCCUCUUCAGCCCCGACUUCAAUGAGAAAGUUGGAAUUGCCUUCGACCACAUGAAGGUCCGCCUCGCAGACUUCCCCACGGUGCCCAAGCUCACCGCCCCCCUGAAAGCCCUGUUCGCCGGCGACAUUGAGGAGAUGGAGGGGCGCAGGGGGAAGCGGGAGCUGCGGCUGGUGCGGGCGGCCCUCCUCUCCACGCAGCACGCGGAAGGCCCUGAGGACAGGGCGCCCCCGCAGAAACGGGCCUCCACCCGCGAGCCCCAGAGCCCACAGAGCAAGAAGGUGAGGGCCGUGUGAAGACCGGAGUGACCCUGAACUCGGACGGCUCAUGGCUCCCCACGGCCACCGUGUUUGCCCUCCUGGCCUGACGGGGGCCAGAGGGCACCACUGCACAGGGAGCCUUGCGGGGCAGGCAGGCAUGAGGCUGAGCUUUGACUUGGGCUCUGGGCUCUGGGCAGGGACUGGCUGGGAUGCUGGACGCCUUCUGCAACUGGUGCCUCUGAGCUGUGGGACAAGAGGCUGCUGAAUGGAAAAGGGUAGAGACAGCUGGAUUCUAUGUAAACCAACCUAGAAAGGAGUCAGGGAAACCAGCUCCAGCCAAGUUAUCCCCUCUGCAUGCCAGAGGCAAGCCAUGUCCUGGGGGCACUGGGUUGCGUGAGGUCUGAGUAUCCAAGAUUCGAAGAAUAGUAUUUACAAAGACACAACAAAUAAAGACUGUUUGGAACCCGA